UGAAAUGUUACUUUGAUUCAGCGCAAAGAAACAACACUUGAGUCAUAUUUUAAGGUUUCUGAGACUCGGAUUGAGAAUUUUCCAUCUGGAUUGGCUCAUUAGUGGGGGCCAGGAAAGUGAAAGAAAAUCCAAGAAACACUUGGAGAAUGGAAUUGGGAAUGCAUUUCAAAAGCAAUAAUAAUAGCUUAGUCAACAUGGCCAUAUUGAACAACCUUAAUAUCACCACACAACCACAGAUCAUCCAAGAACAAGUUCAGCAACAACGCAGGCUUCCAUUCACAGACCCCAUCAAGGCACAAGAUUCAAGCUUUCCCAACAGAAUAACAGUGGCGGCUCAAACAGCAAGAAGGGUCUUCCAAAUUCUCUGCUACUUGCAUUUGUUAUAUCUUAUGGCACAAGAUUCAAACUUCCCCAACAGAACAGUGGCGGCUCAAACAGCAAGAAGGGUCUUUGAAAUUCUCUUCUACUUGCAUUUGUUCCUAGUUGCAGUCUUUGUGAUUUUCCUUACCAUAUAUGGUCUUGUCUCCGACUCUCACACCCACCAUUUUCACCCUCAGAAGUGGUACCCCCCACUUCUAGCAUCAACUGCAUGUGCUGGAAUUGUUGGUUUCACAUGGCAGUGGAUCACGGCACGCCACCCCACAAGGGCUGUCAAGUUAGCAUUUUGGCUGAGUCCUCUCCUAACAUGUGCAAUGGGAGUUCUGUUUGUGUGCAUUGGCUCUGCAGUGAGUCUAGCAGCUGGUGUAAUUGCUUUGGUUUCUGCAUUAAUUCAGUCCCUCUAUGGUUGUUGGGUCAGGACCAGAUUUGAAUAUGCCACCAAAGUCUUGUCAGUUUCAAUAGCUUUUCCUCCUACUAAAACCAAGGAGUUAACACUUACAUCAAUCGUCAUUGGUAUCCUUUACUGCUGUUUCCUGGUGUCUGGGAUAGGAGGAGCUAGGGCUAUUGAAAGCAGAACCAAACUAGCGUCCUUUUUCAUUUUGGUGAUCUUGCUGAGCCUGGGAUGGACUCUGCAGUUUCUGAAAAAUGCAAUGUAUGUCACCAUUUCAAGGGUCAAGUAUAUGCAUUUUGCUGGAGGAGUUGACAUGGACACUAGAGUGGCAUUUGGUGACACAAUCAAGUACUUAACUGGAAGUGUUUCCAUAGGCUCCAUCCUUGUCCCCCUUAUUGGACUUUUCCGGGGUUUUGCACGAUCCACGAGUUUGGUUGGAGGAGAUACAGAUGAGUUUAUGUUUUCCUGUGUUAGUUGCUAUAUGGGGAUUGCCUCUCUUCUUGUGACCUGUGGGAACAGAUGGGGUUUUGUGCAUGUUGGGGUAUAUAACAAGGGUUUUGUGCAGGCAUCUUCUGAUACUUGGGAGAUGUUCAUUAGAGUUGGAUUGGAGCAACUGAUAGACUUAGAUCUCACUGGGGCUUUCUGUUUUCUUAGUGGGGUUGCAGCAGGUUCAAUUUGUAGUCUAGUGAGUGGAAUUUGGAGUCUCCUAAUGCACAAGAACUAUGCCAUAGAAGUAUCCAUUUAUGCUUUCCUCAUUGGCUAUUUCAUGUGUCGGUUGGCUAUUGCAUGGCUACAAGCAUGUGUUUCAGCUUACUACGUUGCUUAUGCAGAAAAUCCACAGAGCGCUCAAUUUGACUCCACUAUUCCAGUACGCUUGGAGCAGCUUAAUAGAUCUCAAGCUAUGCAAAUAUUCAGAGCUAAUAAUUUCAGCCGAGCCUAA